AUGCCGCCGCAGCCGCGCUCGCCUCAAGAGCGCCGCCCAAGUCCUCCCCCUCCCACCGGCGGCAUGUACUACUCCGACGACAUGGAGGCGUUCUACGACGCCUGGGUGGGCCGGGAGGAGCAGAUCGUGGCCGACCUCACGGCGGCGCUCGCGCUCCCGCCCCGGCGCCGGAGCGACGCGCUGGCGCCGCUCGUGGACGCCGCCGUCGCGCACGUCGCCGCCUAUUACGAGCACAAGUCCCGGCUGGCCGACCGCGACGUCGUGGCCGCGCUGGCUCAACCCGCUCGAGCGCACCUUCCUGUGGGCCUGGGGAUGGAAGCCCGCGCUCAUGUUCCGCUUCGUGGAGACCGGCGGCGUCGGCGCGGGGAUCGGCGUGGGACCCGAGCAGCGGCGCGCGCUGGAGGAGCUCCGCGCCGCCACGGCGGCCGCGGAGCGGGAGGUGGACCUGCAGGUGGCGGCCGUGCAGGAGUCGCUGGCGGGGCCACGGGCGCUGGCCGCGCUGCGCAGGCAGCCCCGCGGAACGGCGAGGCGGACGAGGCCGUCGCCGCCGUCGGGCGCUCGCUGCGCGUGCUGCUGGCCGCGGCCGACGCGCUAAGGGGACCGCACGCUGCGCGCCGUCGUCGGGCUGCUCGCGCCGGACCAGGCCGGCGCGAUCGUCGCGGCCAUGCUCAGGUUCCACCUCGGCGUCCGCCGCGCGGGCCGCGACUGGACCUCCGGCCACGGCGGCCAGCGGCGCGUCUAGUGGCGAGCCAACGCCGUACCCCAAUAUGCAUCAGAAAUUCAGAACGGGACUACUUUUUACGUUACGUGCAUGGGAUGUCAGCGUAUGUGUCCGUCCAACAAAUGUUGGCAAUAAGAGGAGUCACGGCAUCUGGUCAUGUGUUUUCCUUCACCAUCACCAUGUCAUGUCUCCAGAGUCCAGGGUCCAGCGUCAUCGUGUUCGUGUGUCGGUCAUGGUCGUCGUCUAAGUCUUUUUUGAAGUCUGUUCGGUUGGCAUGCCGCAUGCCUCAAUCCGGUCGGGUCGCACGUUCUCUCCGUUGA